GGAACACAUUUUAAUGCACACCAAGGAAAUUGCGUCACAUACGCGACUGCGGAAUUUCCCGCGCAUCUGAGCUGCUGCCGCGAAAGCUACAGAAAGAUCACAAACACAUUCAACAAGAUGUCAAAUGUAUACGAGAAUCCCAAACCCAGGAUUAAUGCAUCCAUGCUCUCUCAACAUGUCAACAAGCCGGUUUGUUUCACAGGACGAGUCGAAAAGGUUCAUCCUUCCGGAAGAUCUUUGACUCUUUCGGAUGGAGAGGGCAAGACUGCACAUGUGGAGCUAAAUGACCCUCUUGAUGAGGAGCUGAGUGGAGUUGUGGAGGUGGUGGGAAUGGUGUCUAACAAAGGCACCAUCAUGGCUACUGCUUACCAGCCACUCCGGGACGACAAAUACACCUUUGACUUGGAGCUUUACAACGAAGCCUUGAAGGUUGUCCACGACUACCCUCAGUAUUAUCCUUUCCAAUGAGGACAACAAACGACAAUAACAAUAACAACAACAUGAGGAGGCUGGGGUCAUCAGCAACCACAGACCGGAUGAUGCCGAACCUUACAACUUCAUUUUCUACUCCAAUGAGUAGGACACAUACACACUGUAGAUAUAACGCAUAAGGGGAGCGCUCAUGCGCUUGUUUUUGGACUUUUGAUUCCUCUUUUUCUCCCAAACUCAGUUUCCCUCCUCAGUACCUUAUGGAUCAAGCAUAGUGUAAAAAGGUCACGUCCUUGGGCGUCUUUUCAGUUCAUCAAUGAGUGAGCAUUUUUAUUUUUUCUUCUUAAGAGAAUCGUUGUAAAAUAAUAAAUAUUUGUGUUUGUCAAA